AUGGUGGAGUCUGAGCGCGCCUCAGCCCGUGGCUGCUGCAAGGCCUUCACCAAUUUCUUGUGCACCAGAAAGGGAACUCUCCUAUUUGCUGAGACUAUAUUGUGCCUGGUGAUUCUAAUCUGGUUCAGCAUCUCAACACCAGGAUACUCCACUCUGUCAGUGGUUGAGAUGAUCCUUGCUGAGAUCUUCUUUGUCAUCUACAUGUGUGACCUACCCACCAAGAUACAAUCCAUCAACUGGCCUUGGACUGAUUUCUUCCGGUCCCUCAUUGCCGUCACCCUCUACCUAAUCACCUCCAUUGUUGUCCUUGUCAACAGAGGAAAUCGCUCCAUAAUCAUUGCAGGGGCACUGGGCCUUGCUGCUGCAUGCCUCUUUGGCUAUGAUGCCUACAUCACCUACCCCUUGAGGUAA